GUUACAACCUGGAAGGUGUUUCCAUUGCCAUGCAUACAUACUAACCGCAUUUGAAUAGGAGGUUUAGCUUUCCUUCAGGUUUCCUCUUACAUUCCACAGGACCCUACCCCUAGGUCAAAGACAACAAAAGGCAGGAAAGCACUCUGUAAUAGCAUACCACAGGGUAUACAUGAUUGCGACCUUUACAUGGUGUCCCUUUUGGAGGCUCGGCGUUCAGGAGGCGAGGUCGCUUUAGCACGUCGACGACCAGCUGCUGCUGCAGCUACUCGACCAGGGACCCUUGAGGACUUCCCAACAGAAGCAUCUCGCAAGCUUUCAUACCAUAGCAGCUUCAAGGCAUCACACGUCAGGUGCAGUGCAAGUCGCGCCAGGGAUUUGCACGGCGGUGUCGACUGUCGGCGAGCAAUUAGCAGGUCGUCCGGACGCCGGCUAAACAUAACGACUCUCCGAAGAUGGACACAGAACAGCCUACGGCUACUGCUAAUCGCGUGCCUUAUAACUACGCCCGAGGCUCGGCCUCCUCCCGCGGCAUCUGCCGGCAUGCGGACCGCAAACCGAGCCUUCCUCCUCAGCUGGGAGGGCCCUCCAAACCCCAGCUCCCAGUACGGACUCCAGACCGAUGCUUCAGAGCAUCAAGCGGCCGCCACCGGCGCAGCUGCUGGCAUCCCGGGAGCAAAGGUAGCAUUCGCCUUCACAUGGGGAGAUUUCCCCAGCUACACCCCUCGGCCAGGCUUCCAAAGCCGCUACGCCAAGGUCAGUCCUAAACGCUCCCUCCUGUGCGUGGACGAUCCUCCACCUCCCGAAGUCCCACCCGCAUACCCCAUGCCGCCCAGUCCCCAGCCAAUGCCCCCGUCACCAGCCCCACCACCCCCGCCACCUCCACCACGGCCACCACAACCGCCGAGGGCCCCGUUCCAUCCGCCGCCACCGCCUCCGCCUCCGCCACCUAGACCUCUAAGGCCGCCCAGACCCCCACCGCCUCCCAGCCCUGACCCUCCAUCUCCGCCUCCGCCACCGCGGCCGCCUUCACCAUCCCCGCCACCACCGCCGCCGCCGCCACCUCCGUCACCUCGACCACCCUCGCCACCUCCAUCCCCACCACCGCCGCCCUUUCCGCCGCCCUUCCCUCCCUCACCACCUUUGGACUUUUUCCAAAGCAGCUUCCCCAUUUGGUGGGAGGGCGCAACUUUCAAUACGGAGACAGCCAAAACGGACGCCUUGGCUGCCUGGGAUGCGGACGUCUGCGAGCAGCUGUUAGCCAUUGCACCAGACCGAACCCUUUGUGAUGUCUACUUCAACAAGUAUCAGAUGUCCUAUGUCACUCUGACCAGCCUGUAUAGCGGCCAGCUGCUGCUGUACUACAUGCGCAUUAUGCUCUCAACCUACCCCAACAUCGUGUUUGACACGCAGUUCAUGCAAAAGUACGGCAUUCGGAAGGUCCACGUGUACUGGAACGUACCACCGCCGGCCAAGCCACCACCGCCGCCGCCAAUGCUCCCGCCCCCACCGCCACCGUCACCGAUUCCAACGCAGCCUGGGUGACGCUGAGGCUGCUGCCGCCUGUUGUGAACUGCUGAUACCUGUUGGACGAUCCCAUGAGGCAUGAGCUCGCAUGAGCCGCAUAACAAGCUAUUGCAGGGUAGUGCCGUGGGGAGUUACAAGCAGUAGCGUAGCACUGUUGUGGGUUGAAAGGAUAGAAUGUUUCCGCUUGCUAACGCACAGAUGUAUGCCAUACAACACGUACAGUUAUGCUGUCUGGGGAAGCGGAGGAAAAUGCAUGCAGCUGACCUUCAAUGCAAAAGGGGGUGAUAGAUAGGCAUUGAGGAAUGUGCGUGCUUGUGAAAAAUAGGCGGUCAAAAACCGCGUGCUGACCAGCAACGGUCUCUAGGGCGAUUGGGCUUCUUUAGUUGCAUUUGUAGGGCGGCCGUGCAGGAGGGUACGGUCAAGCGUCGUAUCGUGAUUGUAGAUAGGGCCGUUGGUGCAGCUACUGUUUAAUAGGGGUAGAUCCGGUCAUCCGGAUAUAUAAGCAAAGGCAUGGAGGAAUCUGGAGUACUAGUACGUAAUUCUUUCUUUCGAUUGUGACCGCUGUUGGUACGGCAUGUGCCGGGCUUGGGGCCCAAGAGCUGUGUGAGCAGCAUGUGCGUGUCUGUCUGGACGAGGCGUUGUGGGUGUGGGAGGUUCCAUUUGCUUAAUCCCCGCCUCUGCGUAGCACGCCCCCCCGUCGAGAGUAUACCGCAUAUAGGCUGCUUAAGGUGCGUACCGCACCGUCAUCUGUAGCAAACAUAGUCGUGAUCCUUCUUAGGCUAGCUUUAACAGGACAUGCUUAUUCAUGAGGCUCCAUUCUUCGUAUUGAAGUGCGUUCCCAACAAUUGUCACCAUUGCUGCGAACGCUCAGAUGAGUUCUCACCUCUGUCAUGGUUAAGGGGUGUGCGCGUCUGCUUGCUGGGUGAUGUGCGUCGUGAGCAUUAAAGGAGGCAGGGCACGGGCUGUCGCUACAUUACCUUCUGGUUGCUCACCUGCCAGCGUUUAAAUUUGUAAGCAUUGCAGUUUUGUCUGUAAAGCCAUAUGCUCUGAUGCGAUAUUCAUUUAAACGAG